GAAUUUGGCGAGGAUUCUAAAUUAUGGAUUAAUGAGCUUCUAGAUGAAAAUUUACAAGAGGAUUUUUGGAGGGAUAUUGAAUGCAGAAUGAAAGAUAUAAAAUCCCAGCUUAUGGAAUGCACCAAUGAUAACGAGACAACUGAAAUGGCUAGUAAAUAUUUAGUUGAUAAUAAAUUUAUAAGACGAAAGGGUUCGGUUAAAUAUUUGUUCGCAUUCGAUGAAGCUCGUAUUCUAAGCAGGGAUUUUUGUAAUAUUUACAGCAUACAUUCAAAUAUUUCGGACUUUUCGCCUGUUUCUUACCAUGAUCCGUCAUUAACAAUUUCGGAAAGAGGAGUUCAGUUGUUUGAGCCUUUUCAUUUAUUAGACACUGUGGACAUGAAUGUCAAGGAAAUUAUAACAUUGAAGGAAUCUGAAGAUCCACACCAUUUUUUUCAAUAUGGAAGGCCUUUGUGGGGUGCGUUAUUAUUACCUCCUGGUGAAGCUAAAGGAAUGGCACCAGAACGUAUUAUCGAAUUGGCGAUGGACAAACUUAUCGGUGGAGAGAAUUUCAGUAUUUGGAAGAAGAGAGCCAAAAAUAAUAUUGGUAUUUUGGAAACUUUGGCCAUUCUUGGACCCCGUUUGUGUAUCGAGAUAUCGCCACAAUCUAUAUAUAUGCCUUCUUUAAUGGCAAACAAUAUGCGCCUUUGUAUUAAUGUUUUAAGGAGCCAUGAAUACAUUAUUACGGAGAUGCCUACCGAACCUUUGUUGACAGAAGCUAGUACUCGAAUAAUGAACGAUCCGUAUAUCAGCCUUACAGAACUUAUUAAUCAGCUUUCUUCAGCUUUAAAAAAUGGUGUAGUAGAGGGUGGUUACCGUGGAGAACUUGUUGCCAGAUUAUUGCUUCUCAAUGCCUGGGAUUGUU